AUGAGCAGUUGCAGCUCGACAGAGCUCCAAAUGCCCUCGGAAAGCUCCAUUCUUUGCGGAAACCUCUGCGGGAUCUUCAGCCAGUUCGAACUCUUUGCGGGCAAAUCCGCCGCGAAGCUCACCUUCGAGCAAUGGAUGGCCUUGGUUUUGUCCUCGAUCGCCAUGUGGGUGUACAACAUCGAAGAAGAGGUGGACGUGAACGGCAACAGCGUCUACGGAGAGAAAGAGAAGGGAGAUCAUAGAUACGACACCUUCGGCGUCAUGGGCGUCGAUCCGGACGAGGACGAGUACGCCUCGGACGACGAGCCCACGGCACAGGACCACACCAACUUCUGA